AUCACGACACGUCUUGCUGCUGUACUGAACACGUUUUCCGUGAGGAUGUGAAGCUCUCUGAGGAGGACACACACUCAGACGGCUCGACUGAUCUGGAUGUGGACGUGUCACACACGCGCGGCGCGGCGCUCCGUCUUCUUUAAGUCCGCGUGAAGUGACGCGACCGCCGUGUGCGCGCUCCGGGUGAAGAGCAACAGCUCGGUGACUAACAACAAUCUCCAGUUGUUUCUUUCUGAUUGCAGACUAAAGAGAGCUGUCACACCGCUCAGGAGGAGGGUACUGUUGGGGCAUGAAAUCGCUACUUAAAAACCUAAUGCAAAUUCAGACUUUUAAACCCAAGCGCUGGUCCGUGUCAAGUGGCUCUUAUUGUUGAGAGCAACCGUGAAAUUAUAUUGUCUGCGAGUGAGGAUCCAAUUAGCAGCAUCCAGAAGCUUGAACAGAUCCAUGAGACUGAAGGUAACAUGCAGAAAACUCAACAUGACUGAAAGGUGAAAGAUGUGUCUGCUACUGAAGAAUUAAACAGAUAUAUUGAUUAGUCGUGUGAAUGGAGCUCCAAGUGAUCCGCCUGACACUGGAUGUGUGAAGCCCUUCAUCCUGGUAUAUCUGGUUAGAAUCCUGGAUCGUUCGUGGCAGCAGGAAUCGCUCUGAAUGAACGCCGCCAAGACGAUGGAUGUGAAGGUGGAGCCUGCUGCAGAGAUCGACAGCGAUCAUCCACCUCCUCUCCAGGUGUUCGCCCUGACGUCCACGCUGCACGGCAUCGCUCACAUCUUCUCCAACGAGAGAGUGACUGUAAGAUGCUGCCUGUGGCUGCUCUUCUUCCUCGGCUCCCUGGGCUUCCUGCUGUACGUCUGUAUGGACCGAGUUCAGUUCUACCUGGAGUUUCCCUACGUCACCAAAGUGGACGAGAUCGUGGCUCCUGCCAUACUGUUCCCCGCCGUCACCAUCUGCAACCUCAACGCCUUCCGCUUCAGCAAGGUCACACGCAAUGACCUCUACCAUGCAGGAGAGCUGCUCUCAAUGCUCAACUCCAGAUACGAGAUUAGGGACGUCCAUCUGGUCGAAGAGAGCGUCCUGGAGGCUCUGAAGAUCAAAGCUGACUUCCAGAGCUUUAAGCCUCGUCCGUUUAACAUGCUGGAGUUCUAUAACCGAACGGGCCACGACAUCAGAGACAUGCUUCUGUCAUGCCACUUCAGAGGGAAGCCAUGUCGCCCUGAAAACUUCAAAGUGGUGUUCACACGCUAUGGGAAGUGCUACACAUUUAACUCUGGUGAGAGCGGUCCACCACUGCUGAGUGUGAAAGGUGGGAUGGGAAAUGGCCUGGAGCUCAUGCUGGACAUCCAGCAGGAUGAAUAUUUACCUGUGUGGGGAGAAACAGACGAGACGUCUUUUGAAGCAGGGAUCAAAGUUCAGAUUCACAGUCAGUCUGAGCCGCCGUUCAUCGAUCAGCUGGGCUUUGGUGUCGCUCCAGGAUUCCAGACCUUCGUGUCCUGCCAGGAGCAGCGGCUGGUGUUCCUGCCACCUCCUUGGGGAACCUGCAAGAUGAAUUCCCUAGACUCCGACUUCUUCAGCGCUUACAGCCUCAGCGCCUGUCGCAUCGACUGCGAGACGCGCUACCUGGUGGAGAACUGCAACUGCCGCAUGGUGCACAUGCCCGGUGACGCCCCGUACUGCAGCCCUGAGCUCUAUAAAGUGUGCGCAGACUCGGCACUCGCGUACCUGGUGGAGAAAGAUAACGAGUACUGCAUGUGCGAGACUCCGUGCAACACCACGCGCUACAGCAAGGAGCUCUCUUUCGUCAAGAUCCCUAGCAAAGCCUCUGCAAAAUACCUCGCCAAGAAAUUCAGCAAGUCCGAGAAGUACAUCACAGACAACAUUCUUGUCCUGGACGUCUUUUUCGAAGCUCUGAACUACGAGACCAUAGAGCAGAGGAAAGCCUAUGAAGUAGCAGGAUUGCUGGGAGAUAUUGGAGGGCAGAUGGGACUCUUCAUCGGAGCGAGCAUUCUCACCAUUCUCGAGCUCUUUGAUUAUCUGUAUGAGAUAGCAAAAUACAAGUUGUGUCGCUGCUCAGACAAGAAACACGAGAACAGCAGCGGCGAUCACGACAAGGUGAUGGGGCUCAAUGACGUCAAGUGUCACGUCAGCCAGUUCCAUUAAUUGCGAGAAUCCAGGACGAGCUGCGUUCCAGCUAAACUACGCUAAGUGCAGAGCUGCCGAUAAAAUGUCCUGUACAUCUGUUUUCUCCUGAGGCAUAAUACAGAUUAGAGUCACGUCACUGUCAUUAUGCGGACUCGUAUAUACAUAUAUACACUGCAUAUGAGUAUAUAAACUUUAAAAGUCCAUUAUGACCAGACAAUCUGUGAAGACGAUGGAAUUUCUCGCAGGCUUUCCUGCUUAGAAGUAUAUAAAAAAAAAAAAACGAGAUGAUUCGUUGUGUAGAGAAAUGAGUCCGAUGAGUCUUUUUUGUGUGUUUUCUGAACUUCCAGGCAUGUUACAGUUCUACUCUAAAGUUUUGACGUGUUUUAGAUUUUUUUUUUUUACUUAUCAUGCCAAACAUUACCGCUAGAAGAUUUCUGACUGGUUGCAAUUUAUACAAUAUAAACUGCAAGGUUAGGAAUAUGAUAAAGGGUACACGCCUGACACAGAGCUGGGGUUUAUUAAUGAAAUCUACAUCAACGAACACUAUUGUUUUCAAAAAUUAUUUCAGAAAACACACACUGGGAUUGAUGAUUGUGACAUAACAUUGAUGUGUUGCUAAUUUGUUUGACUGUAAAACAAAUGUUCCCGUUCCUGGGGUUUACUUUUCGCAAUUUCUUUCUUUCUUUUCUAUAUUUAUGCUGCUUUCUCCCAAUUAAUUCCCACUAGCUAGAUCUCCGCUAUCACACAACUAAUGCUAAUUGCUUAGUUACUAGUCGUUAAUUUUUAAUUACGAUACACACGUAUUUAUUUAUUUAUUUAUUUCAUAUUUUUAAUCAACCGGUUUAUCAACAUAUAUUUUCAAUCAACCGGUUAAUCAA